CACAAGGUUGCUUGUCAACUGCCAUUAAACCAAAGAAGAAGAAGAAGAAUUACUCGACACAAGCCUGGAAACCUCAGCACAUUCCCUCCCAUCACGAAUUGAAAGGUUGCUAGCGCGACCUCCUGUACUGUAGAAUGUAGUAUGGACCAUAGGACAUGACGUUAAGAAGCUGUGGAGGCCUAAGAUGCUCUACUAGUCUGCUGGAAAUCCAAAGAAGACGAAGGAGUAAAAAGCAAAAUGGCGUUUGACAGAGAAGGCCUAAACGUGGCCACUGGCCAUUAUUGUUUCUCUAUUUGUAUUUAGUGCAUACAUGUACGCAUAUAUGUCGUGUAGUAGAUGAAACAUUGUUAGUCAUUGUUUGUAUCCGGAUACAUUAGUCUGAGCGCACUUUAUCGCGUCUUGUGCUAGCUUAGCGUGCUAGUUAGCUUAGCUUGUUAGCUGCUAACAAAGAGACGCGGACGUUAUCAACACAUCGCUAAGUAGAGAUCAAAUGUGAGUGUCAAGUGUUGUGAUUGUGUGAAAAUGUGCGAAAGAACGAUAGCAAAGUAUGAUGAGGAACUUUGUCCAACAAAAGAGGAGAAGGAGCGACAACAUCAACUACAAGACGCUGUUUUCAAGAAACAUCAAGUUGUGUUACACAGAACAGACGUCCAGCAGCCCACUCACAUUAAAGAGGAAGAGGAGGAUCCACAGCCCGUCCACAUUAAAGAGGAAGAGGAGGAAGUGUGGUUCACUCAGGAGGAAGAGUGUCUUCUAGGGCAGGAGGAGGAUGAUGUCACCAAGUUUCCACUGACUGUUGUCUCUGUGAAGACUGAAGAGCAUGAAGACAAACCACCUGAGUCCUCACAGCUUCAUCACAGUCCAAAUGUCAAAGAAGAACUUCUACCUCAUGAGCAGGAGGAGGAACCACACUCCCCCCACAUACACGAGGAAGAAGAGGUACCACAUUCCCAACACAUUAAAGAGGGAGGAGAGGAGCCACAGCCCCCCCACAUUAAAGAGGAAGACGAGACGCCACAGACCCAUAGUGUUAAACUGACCCUUCACAUUACAGGGCAAGCGGAGGACCCACUGAUCUUACACAUCAAAAAUGAAGAGGAGGACCCGCUGACCCCUCACUUUAAAGAGGAAGAGGAGGACCAAGAGCCGCUGCACAUUAAAGAGGAAGAAGAGGAACACAGCAUCAGUCAAGAUGGAGAGCAUUUUGAAAGACUGAAGGAGUUCCCAGUGACUGGUGUCCCUGUGAAGAGUGAAGAUGAUGAGGUCAAAGGUAAAAGUGAAGAGAAGAGAGAGGCGGAGCCUCCAAGCAGCAGCUCAACACAACACAUGACAACAGAAGCUGAUGGAGACCACUGUGGAGGAUCACAAGCAGACAAGCUCUUAGCUCCACUAUCAGAUAGUGAGGACACAACGUCAAACUCUCCUGACACUGAUGAUGAAGACUCUAAAGAUGAUAAGACAUGUCACACUGACAACGCCCACUUGAAAUGUUCUCACUGUGACAAAACUUUUAAAAACCAUUGUCAUCUGAAAAGACACAUGAGAAUACACACCGGAGAAAAACCUUUUAUCUGUUCAAUCUGUAGUAAAGGUUUUGUUCUAAGUCAACAUUUGAAAGUACACAUGAGAAUACACACUGGAGAAAAACCUUUUAUCUGUUCAAUAUGUGGUAAAGGUUUUACACACAGUCAGAGUUUGAAAAAACACACAAUGUCACACACUGGAGAAAAAUCUUUUAUGUGUUUAAUCUGUAGUAAAGGUUUUGUACUAAGUCAUAAUUUAAAAGUACACAUGAGAACACACACUGGAGAAAAACCUUUUUCAUGUUCAAUCUGUGGUAAAGGCUUUACACAAAAUUCAUAUAUGGAAAAACACAGAAGAAUACACACAGGAGAAAAACCUUUUUCCUGUUCAACCUGUGGUAAAGGUUUUACACGAAGUCGGUGUUUGAAAGUACACAUGAAAACACACACGGGAGAAAAACCUUUCAUAUGUUCAAUCUGCGGUAAAUGUUUUGCACAAAGUAACAUUUUGAAAGUACACAUGAGAACACACACUGGUGAAAAACCUUUCUCCUGUUCAAUCUGCAACAGAUGCUUUUGUGACCGAUCAAACCUUGUAGCACACAUGAGAACACACACAGGAGAGAAAGUGUUGAGUUGCAGUGUGUGUGGUGAAAGAUUCUCUUAUAAGUACCAGUGUAAGAAACACAAGUGUGCUGGUGAGAACAGCAGCAGCAAAUGAAACUGCAGGAUUUGAAAUAAACUGUCAAGACUUUAAUUUGGACUCUCUAACAACAUCAGCACAUAUAACAUGUGUGACAUUGUUGUUUGUGUAACAAUCUUUUUAAUAUGCUUCUACAUUUGUAGAUUAAAUAUUUUAUAUUAGUGCUUUUUUCAGUCCAGUACAUGCAUUAAUGUGCAACAUUGUGUACUUUUAUUAAACAUUGAACAGAACAAUGACUGAAAAGGUGAGAGUAAACCAUACAAGACAUAUUUUACAUACAAUUAACAUUUUAUGUGUAUAUAUAUUCAUAAAACAAUUUUAGACGUAUUCAUAAGUGUUUUUAUAGGUGUUUGAAAUAUGGAAUUGUUACAUAUUUUUAUUUCAAAUUGUUAAUGAUCCUAUAGAUUAGCACCUUUAUAUAAUAUACAUAUUUACUGGUUCACAUCUGAAACAUCUGGAUCACUUCAGGAAGCAUGUUAUUAUUUACUUUAUACGUCAUUUGAGCAGUUGUCGUUCAUAAAAUUUUAAAAUGUGUGACU